AGGGAGACAUCACACGUGUGAAAUUGUUUAGAUUUAAUUGUUAAAUUUGCAAUUUAAAGUUAACGGUACGCGCGCGAGUCGACAAUAACAAACUUUAAACGUCGAUACCUAACGCACGCAAACGCCUCGGCGGCGACUCGAAGUAGUGACCGGUCGCGGAUAUCAUAAAGUCUAAUUAGAAUUGAGAUUUGGUGAAAUUUGUUAAUUAAUUAUUACAAAAAAUCCGAUCAAACUGAGACGUGUUAGUGAAAAGUUUGACACUAGAAUACGAGAAAACGCAUAUAGUUGACGAAGCUCUCGUCGCGGUAUACUGAUUCGUCUGGCCGGCGCUCACUAGCGCCGCGCACUCUUAGCAAGCAUUCUUUUCACAGUACUACUAAUAGUAAUUAUUAUCAAGUUGUGAUUGAUUGAAAUUAAUUGAAAAUAAUAAAAUGGCCGACACAGCAGUAGCAUCGGAGACACCCGCGCCGGCGACGCCCGCGAAGAAAGCACCAAAAGCGGCAGCCGCCGCGAAAAAACCCAAGGCCAGACCGACGCACCCCAAGACGUCCGAAAUGGUGAACAGCGCGAUCAAAGAGUUGAAGGAGAGGAGCGGAUCGUCCCUGCAGGCGAUCAAGAAGUACAUCGCCUCGAAUUAUAGCCUCGACGCCGAGAGGUUGGCGCCGUUCAUAAGAAAGUAUCUGAAACGCGCGGUCGCCUCCGGCACCCUGAUCCAGACUAAGGGCAAGGGCGCAUCGGGCUCGUUCAAGAUUGACAGCAAGUCGGGCACCGGCGGCGCGGCGAAGAAGGCGACGGCCACCUCCGCGUCCUCCGGCGGUAGGGGCUCCGCCGCGGCGGCGUCCUCCGCGGCCAAAUCGGCGAAGAAGCCGAGCGCACCCGCCAAGAAGACCGCCGCGAGCGCCGGCGCCAGGAGCAAGAAGGCCGCCGCAGCGGCGGCAUCGGCCGUCGAGUCCGCCUCGCCGGCUAAAGCGGGCGGAAGGGGCGGCGCCGCCAGAGAUAAGAAAGCGGCGGCGGCGGCCAAGAGGAAACCGGCCGCGGCGGCCGCUCCGAAGAAGGGUCGCGGCGCCGCCGCCUCCGCCGCCGCGUCCGGCAAGGGCGCGUCGAGCAACGUGGCCGCGUCCAAGGCGAAGAGGAGCGCGAAGCCACCGACCAAGAAACCUAAAGCCCCCAAGCCGAAGAAGGCCGCAGCCGCCGCGCCCAAGUCGAAGGCCGCCACCGCGAAAAAAGCGUCGGCCGCUUCCAAGAAGUGAACGCGACGCGUCCACCAAUCCAAUCCACGUUCAAUACGCACGAGGGUCGGCCACCGGACGAGCGACGAACGCAUCACAAGUGGUCGGUUGUGUCGAUGAUGUAUGUAUGUACACGCACGCACAAACACGCCACACAAAAAGCCCUUUUCAGGGCUAACA